AUAAUGGCAUCUAAACUUAAGAAAAGUAAUAACGAGAUCUGAUGAUUUUGAUUUGUCAAAGCUGACGACACUGCUAAAGUAUUUUUUUUGGUCGUCGCGGGAAAAGUAUUUUCCCGUCAUAGUUUAUAGUUCUGUGAAUUACAAUGGCUUAUGCGUCGGCUCAGCCACCAGAUCAAUAUCUAUGGGAUAUAUUUUUGAGAGUGGAUCGUGAUCGCAGUGGUUCAAUAACUGCAAAUGAAUUGCAAGCUGCAUUGUCUAAUGGUACAUGGCAACCUUUUAAUCCUGAAACUGUCAGAAUGAUGAUUGGUAUGUUUGAUAGAGAUCAUUCAGGAACUAUCAAUUUUCAAGAAUUCAAAGCUCUUUGGAAAUAUAUUACAGACUGGUUGAACUGUUUCCGAAGUUUUGACACUGAUCGUUCUGGAAACAUUGACAAAAAUGAGUUAAAAAAUGCGCUUACAACGUUUGGAUAUCGAUUGUCCGACAACUUCUAUUCCAUGUUGGUUCAAAAGUUUGACCGAGAUGGAACAAGAACUAUCAAAUUUGAUGAUUUUAUACAAUGUUGUGUACUGUUACAAACUUUGACGGCUGCAUUCAGGCAUCAUGAUACAGAUAUGGAUGGAUGGAUACGAAUAUCCUAUGAAGAAUUCCUUAAACUUGUUUUCAGUCUUCGAAUGUGAAAAUCAAAAAUGAAUUGUUGUCUGCCAUUUAUUUCUCUGAAAUUUUUAUCAAUGCUUCUCUUCAUGCAAUGAAUUGGAAAUCAAUCUGCUCAUAUUGCUCAUUAGACUGUUGUUACUGGAAAAAAAACUUUAUAUACUUUAUUUUUCACUGUAAUAAAAGUCUUUUUAUUAAAUGUUA